CAACACUGUCAAUCGAUUUAUCGAGGAAGCAUAGGUCAUGUCCAAAAACAGUUUGUGGGAAACGAAAAAAAGAAAAUCGUAACAAUAUGUUUCGACUCUUUUGCCCUCUGAUCUCUCUUGUGGUCCUUACUCUUGUCCUAAGGGUCAGUUGCCUGGAGAAUGGAACCAUUGUCAAGCUGAAAAAGUUUGUGAACUGCGAGGCUAAGAAGUACAACACGUCGAUCCAUAGGGACUACUGGGUGCUGGAGAACUAUGUGAUGGCGGGUCACGGGGAUAUUCCGUGCUAUGCAAAUGUGACCUACACCACGCAUGCGGACUAUACGUAUCUGGAUAAUGUGGUGCCCCUCCUGGAACGCUGGCGAUCACCCCUCAGCCUGGCCAUCUAUGCUCCUGGCACGGAUUUCGAGCCCACCAUACAGAGCAUUCUGUACCUGUUGCAGUGCCAUCCUGGCAACGUCCUGGUUCGCCAGCUGUGCAGCUUCCACUUGUACUUCGAGGUGGAGCACUUGCCCCAGGUGGUGCUUCCACCCAAAAUGGCUCUAAGGAAGCAGGCAAACUGCAGUGGACCACCGCCAUAUGAAAACGUCGUUAAGACGGACAUGUACAGGGCUCGAAACUCGCUGGAUUACCCCGUCAAUUUGGGACGGAACAUCGCACGCAGGGCUUCGCUGACGCACUUCGUCCUGGCCUCGGACAUCGAGCUCUAUCCCUCGCCAGGAUUGGUGCCCGCCUAUUUGCAUUUCCUUGGCCACCGAGUGAUUGGAAUCCCAGGACAGCUGCCCGAUUCGCCGCUGGUCCAUGUGCUGCGUAUUUUCGAGGUGAUGGCCAAUGUUUCCGUGCCGAACACCAAGCCAGAGUUGCAAGAGAUGCUGAAAUCGGGCGAAGCAGUUCCAUUCCACAUGGAGAUCUGUGAGGCAUGCCAUAAGGGACCAAAGCUGGAGGAGUGGAUAAAUGCGAGCGUCGUCUCCAAGGAUCUGAAUGUCUUCAAUGUCGGCCAUCGCACGGAAGACUACAACAAUUGGGAGCCGAUAUUUCUGGGCACCGUUGAUGAUCCUGCCUACGAUGAGCGAUUGACUUGGGAGGGACAGCGGGACAAAAUGACCCAGGCUUACGCCAUGUGCGUUCUGGACUACCAGUUCCAUAUCCUGGACAACGCUUUCCUGGUCCACAAGCCCGGCAUCAAACAGCCCGGCAAACGUAAGGCAAUCUUCUCUCAAAUCCACAAGACCAACGGCCUGAUCAAUAGAAAGAUCCUCAAAGAGUUGCGGAUGAAGUACGGUUCUCGAAGGGGCUGUGUUAUUUAGGUGUAGUUCUUCUAUAUGAAAUGUAUAAUUCAAAUUCAAUGUUAAGUGAAAUACAAGCUAUAAUAAGUCUGGCUUAAGCUCAUUUAACUUUGACCACUAAA